CUCUAGCUCCCCCCAUCAUGGGUAUCCAAGGCGUGCCCAUCGCCCCCGAGGCUGGUUUUGGAGGCAAGUACCUCCCCGGCGGGCCCCCCGCGAUGCCCGGCAUGCCCCUCGGCGGUCCCCCGCCCGAGGUGCUCGUGUCACCCGAGCACAUGGCUGCGUACGCGGCGAACUGCAGGCGGACGCUGCACUACGCCGUGAACGGCACGCUGCUGGCGAAGCGCGACCACAUCCAACACCAGAUCGGUCGUCUUCGCGCGAGGAUGCUGGAGGUUGCGCACGUCAAGGGCGUGAUGGAGAGGGAGAUUCAGAACGAGGCGAGCGAGGCGCUCCAGCGGUUGGAGAGUUCGGAGUCGCUGAAGAUGAUGAGGAUCCAGAGGGAGGUGGACGAGUUGGCGAGGCACGCGGACGCCAUCAACACGCUGGCGUCGGAAGUGGAUGCGGUUACGUCCGCGCCGGACGCUCAUACCGCGGAGUUCCUUGGAAGAUACAGGGCCAUGUACGACGCGUGCGAUAGACUCGCGCGUCGCCCACUGCCCGAGCCCGCGGACGUGGACGCGUCGGACUUUGAGCGCGAGGCUCGACUGUACACCGCCGCGGUGAAGGAACGCGACGCGCUGUCUCGGCUGCUGGAGGUCAAGGACAACAUGAUCUGGUCGCUGCUGGACCAGCGGCGGGAGAUGCAGGAGGAGAUAGACAACCUCAAGUCGCAAAAGGCUGGACUGUUCGGAGGCGGGUACGCCGCCCCGGGUGAGAGCGAGGGGGAGGAGGAGGAGGAGCCCCCGAUCGAGGGGGAGGGGGAGGAACAACCCGAGGAGCGCUCGAACGAGGGGGAGGAGGGAGCGGAACCACCCGCGACGGGGGAGGAGGAAGGCGCUCCAGAACCGCCGCCGGAGGAGGCAUGAACAGCGCGUGGACCGUCGUGUCGUCGUUCGUGGAUGUGUAAUCAUAAUGAGGGGAUUAAUCU